AUCGUCACGUGUUUUCUAUAAUCAAAUUAAGUUGUCAAUAUGAACACAUCUCACGGUUCAUUAUAGGUGUUGUUCUUCCUGAAUAUAGACAUUAAUAUACUGUUUCAGCAAUAUCAACUAUUGUCGUGAAUGAUGGAUUUGUUGAAGAAGCCAUUUGUUCACCAAUCUUUCAUCGUUAGUAAUACUGCAUUUUCUACUUCCUACAAGUGUAGGAAAGAUGUAAUUUCUCGUAACAAUAGCAAUUGGUUUUUGAAAUCUUCUCUUGCCAAAAAGAUUUGUAUAAGAAAGUGUGUUUCUCCUAAGUUCGCGAGAGUAGUGAUGGCAGCAACAGACAUUAAAUCUCAUACUAAUGUGAAAGCUUUAGUGACUGUGAAGCAAAGUGAUGGUGGACUCAUCAAUAAUAUCGUUACUGCCGUUGUUGGUAAUAGUCACUUGGUUUUGGAGCUCGUCAGUGCUGACCUUCAUCCAAAAACAAAGUCGGAGAAAGAGACUAUAAAAGCACAUGCACAUGAAAUUCAGAAGACCGAAAACGAUGUACGAUUUGAGGCAACAUUUGAGUUACCUGUGGAUUUCGGAAAUGUCGGUGCUGUUUUGGUUCAAAAUGAACACGACAAAGAAAUAUUUCUAAACAACAUAGUCCUUGAUGGUUUCCCAAAUGGCCCCAUCCAUCUUUCUUGUCAAUCAUGGAUUCAACCAAACCAUACUGAUACUCCUACUAAGAGAGUUUUCUUCACUAACAAGAUGUAUUUGCCAUCACAAACACCAAGUGGAUUAAGAAAACUAAGAGAAAAUGAGCUCAAAGAAUUAAGAGGGAAUGGUGAAGGUGAAAGAAAAAAAUCAGACAGAAUCUAUGACUAUGAUGUUUACAAUGAUCUUGGAGAUCCUGAUAUCAGCACUGAACUCAAAAGAUCUGUUCUUGGUGGCACAAAACAAUAUCCUUAUCCAAGAAGGUGUCGUACCGGUCGAAAACGUUCUGAUGCAGACCAACUGUAUGAAACAAGGACUACUUUAGAUUUCUAUGUUCCGCGUGACGAGUCAUUUUCUGAAACAAAGCAGACACAGUUCAAUAGUUCUACCAUAUCCUUAGGCUUGACUACUAUUAUACAAUCGUUAGACUCUAUCCUCACUGACUUAAAGCUUGGGUUUGCAAGCUUUGAAGACAUUGAUGCGAUUUAUAAGGACGGAUUCCAGUUACCAACUCUUGAACCCAAUGACUCAACAAUUCUCCAAAGAGUCAUUCCAAAGUUAAUUAAGGAUGCUGAUGAUAGUAAGGAUGUUUUGCGCUUUGAUACCCCGGAAUCAUUCAAAAGGGAUAGAUUCUUUUGGUUUUCUGAUGUCGAGUUUGCCCGAGAGACUUUGGCAGGUGCCAACCCAUAUGGCAUUGAAUUGGUUAAGGAAUGGCCUUUGAUAAGUAAACUGGACGGCCAAAUCUAUGGUCCACCAGAAUCUGCAAUUACCAGAGAAAUCGUUGAGUCACAAAUAACUUAUAGUACAGUUGAAGAGGCUAUUAAAGAAAAGAAACUGUUUGUGCUAGACUAUCAUGAUUUGUACUUACCGUAUGUAAGCAAAGUGAGAGAGAUUGAGGGCACAACACUAUAUGGAUCAAGAACACUAUUCUUCCUCACUAGCGAGGGCAUAUUGAAGCCACUAGCUAUUGAGCUCACUAGACCGAUUAUUAAUGGCAGGCCACAAUGGAAGCAAGUCUUCACACCUGAUUCUGAUACCACCAAUCUCUGGCUUUGGAGGCUUGCCAAAGCUCAUGUUCUUGCUCAUGAUUCUGGUCACCAUGAACUUAUAAGCCAUUGGCUAAGAACUCAUUGUGUUGUUGAACCUUUUAUAAUUGCAACAUACAGACAACUCAGUUCCAUGCAUCCGAUUUAUAGACUCUUGCAUCCACAUCUUAGAUAUACCAUGGCGAUCAAUAAAGUUGCUCGCGAAGUGCUUAUUAAUGCAAGUGGUCUCCUUGAAUUAUCAUUCACUCCUAAAAAGUAUACAAUGGAGUUAAGCUCUGUGGCAUAUGAUAAGCUUUGGCAAUUUGAUUUGCAAGCACUUCCAAAUGAUCUUAUUAAUAGAGGAAUGGCUGUGGAAGAUCCUAAUGCACAACAUGGAGUAAAGCUAGUAAUUGAAGACUAUCCUUUUGCUAAUGAUGGUCUUUUGAUAUGGGAUGCGAUUAAGCAAUGGGUCACAGAUUAUGUCAAUCACUACUAUCCAAGCUCAAGCACUGUAGAAUCCGAUCAAGAGCUCCAAGCAUGGUGGACAGAAAUUCGAACAAAGGGUCAUGCUGACAAAUCUGAAGAACCAUGGUGGCCAAAGCUUAAAACAAAAAAAGAUCUUAUAAACAUCGUUACCAAUAUAGCCUGGUCAGCAUCGGCUCAUCAUUCCGCUGUGAACUUUACACAAUAUACUUAUGGAGGCUAUUUCCCUAAUAGGCCAACCAUUGCUAGAACCAAAAUGCCUACAGAAGAUCCUACAAAGGAAGAAUGGGAAGCAUUUAUGAACAAACCAGAGGAAACACUUUUGGCGUGUUUUCCAUCGCAAAUUCAAGCAACCUUAUUUAUGGUGGUUUUAGGCUUAUUAUCAGAACAUUCACCGGAUGAAGAGUACAUUGGGCAGAAAAUGGAGCCAUCUUGGGGUGAGAAUUCAACUAUAAAGGGAGCUUUUGAAAGGUUUAAUAGGAGAUUGAAGGAGAUUGAAGAAAUUAUAGACUCAAGGAAUAAAGAUAGGAGUCUGAAAAAUAGACAUGGAGCUGGGAUAGUGCCUUAUGAGUCAUUAAAGCCAUUUUCAGGACCUGGAGUCACUGGAAAAGGUGUUCCAUACAGCAUAUCCAUUUAAAGCAUGGUACUUUAAUUAAGCUUGAAUAUAAUUAACCAACUGUUAUGUGUUUUGUUUAGUCCUUAAUAAAAAUAAUUGCACAAGAGAACAACAAAAAAUCAGCACAAGACUUUUACUUUUUGUAAAAAGUCCAUAUCAAUUUGUUGUUCAUCUAAGAAAGAAUAAAUAUGCAAGUUAUAAAUAUUUGUCUAACACCUAAUAUCUAUUUUGAAUCUACAGUUAAAUGUACUACUUAUUUUGAUC